UUUUUUGGCACGUCACAGCCGCGUCAUCAUGUCUCCGUGUCUCAUUUUAUCAUUUAGUGUUUAAUUUGUUGGCUGUUAUCAUACCAUAUCGACACAUUUGUAUGUGAACAAUAAAAAAGUUGUAGUCUUAGUACUAAAUAGGGAAAAUGGAGAUCCUGAAACAAGUGGCUAACGCACAGUUCGUGUUCACUGCUGCGGUGGUAUCCGUUGUUUUAGUUUGUGCGGCGUUGGUAUUUGUUUUUGGGUUCCGUUCUGCUGAACCGCCGCAAUUCGACAAGUUGCCGCUAGUAUUGGACGACAAGAAAUCUGCCAAAGCCAAGAAUAAAAAAAAGGAGAAGAAGUCUUCACCCAACCGAUCUACAUCUGAUGAUGUGAAGACCAAGGCUGAUUCCUCCAAGAAAUCUCCAUCUAAGGAGAAAAAGGAGGAAAAAGUAAAGGAAGCUGACAAGCCUAAGCCUAAGGAAAAAUCUGUUGAACCCAAGUUAGCUAAAAAAGAAGCAGUUAUUGAAAAGAAAAAUAGAAAGAAUAAGGCUGGUGCAGAAGUUGAAAAACCUGCUGACUUUGAUGAUGGUAAUUGGGAAGAGGUACCUAAAAAGAAUGAUAAGAAAGGAGAAAAAAAGAAAGUAAAGGCUCCAGAGGAAAAACAGAAGGAAAAAGAAAAGAAAAAAGAAAGUCCCAUCAAGAAGGUUAAAAAAGCAAAAGAUACAGAUGUUGAAGCUGCUAGACCUAAUGAAGAUUCAAGUGAGAAAGUUAAAAUUGUUAGUGUGAAAGGCCCUAACUUAGAUGCGAAUGUAACAAAAGCACUUCAAGAACAAGUGAAAGAAUUUGAACGUGCAAUGAAAGAGGCUCAACGCCGAGACCAGGGCAUUGUGAAUGAUGAAGGAUCCAAUGAAAUUGAGGAGCUGACUGACGUUAAAGAUCUCAGAAGCAAUAAAAAAAAGGAAAAUAAAGAGAAACAAAUAAAGAAAAAGGCUGGUGAGAUCAAAGCAGAUUCUGUAGAGAAGGAAAACUUGGAGCCUGAGAAACAGGAGGAAAAUCAGAAUGCACCAGCUUUUGAUGAGCUUGGUGAUACCUGGACUGAAUCAAAAACAUCCAAAAAAGGAAAAAAGAAAGCUCGCAAAGACCAGUGAAAUGUGAGUUGUUUGAAGGAGUGCAGCCCAAACAGCUGCAUCACAUUGCUAGCUCAAUGCCACUCACACACCUGAUAAAAUUAUGAUCUUUUUUAUUAUUCCAUAAAAAGAUUAAAGUUUUGAAAUACAAGAAUGAAUGAUGAUGGUCUAUUAGAUGUUAAGUUAUGAUCUUUGUCAAUUUAUUUUUAAUGACGGAAGAAGUGUUAUUAUUUAAAUUAAGGGUUGUAGUUUUACAGGGUGUGAAAUUUAUUUAUAAAUAAUAUUUUAUUAUCUUAAAUUUUUACAUAUAUGGUAAAGUUCGUCCAUGUUUUAAGUUUCAUAUUUUAUUUUACCAUUAGUUUGUUGACUUGUUUUCAUAAUAAUUUAGCUAUUGUUUUUUUUUCUUUCUAUUGUGCAUAAUAUAAUUUUGUAUGGGUCAUAAAUGCUGUUUUGCAUAACUUAAAAAGUUGAAUAUUGGGAAUCUGCAAUAUGUUGUGUUGUCAUUUAAAAUAUUAGAUUGUUCUGAAUCUUAAUAAUACUGAAAUCGAUACUGUUUUCCUUUUUACAUAAAUGUUUUGAGGAACAUAAAUCCAUAACGUUUACAUAGUAAAUUUCCUGGUGCUUGUAGAGAUAAGUGGAUGUCCUCUUUAAUAUCAAUAUUCUCAUUAUGACUAAUCUUAUUAAAAAUUAAGUUACUGCUGCCAAACCUUAGUUUCAUAAAGUAAAUCUUUUACUUUCACCUUACUCUAAGUAGCGAGCAUACAAUAAAAUAAAUGUUACUUAGAAAAGCGGAAUGCCAUUCCAGUAAAUAACUUGUACCUCUGUAGAAAAUUAUUGUCUAGCUGUUUUAUUAGUAUGAAAAGUGGGAGAUUAUUUAUUAUAUUUUUGUGAUUUCCAUGACAAAUAUAAAAAUUGUGAUGAGACCUGAUUUGGACCAAAUGAAUGUGGUUACGUCAACACUAACAAUCUUUUUAAAACUAGGGAUCAUUUAAUUUUCAUCAUUAAUUGAAAUAGCCAGUAGCAUUUCUUGCAAAAGAUUAAAAAUUGUUCAUUUUCCGUCCGAAAGCAUCAUGUAGACUUCUAUUUAUUACAGAAUGAUAUUAGAAAAUAAUAAUCUAGGGUCUUGUUUUUAUCUUACAAAAAAAUAAAGAAAGUGCAUAAUCAAUAGGUAUAUCAUUAUUAGAGAAAUAAAUUUCAACGAAUUUAAACUGCUAAAUUAGAUUUUUAUUGCAGAUUCCUAUUUUGUGACAUAGGUUUAAGCAUCAAAUGUAGCAUUAAGUAGUGAGAAAAACAUUCUAAAUAAUGCAUAAAUGAAGUAGGUAAUUAAUAAUAUUAUAUGACUAUGAAUAUUAUGUAUGUUGGAGUUCAAUGUUGUAAUUUUACUACUUUUACUUGUAACUAAAGCUGACUGCUAUAGAUACAUAGAGAAUAAACAUAUUUUUACUACUUAUCUUAUUCAAAUAAACAUAUUUUUAUGGCUUUAAUUGUUGAAUUGCACUGACAUCUAAGUGGAGCCAGAAACAAUGUAAAUUAAAAUUUUAUUCCAGUCAUUUAGUCUGUAACCAUAUCUAAUUUUGAUUAAAAAUACCUCAAGAUCUUUAUCUUAAAAAAAUAUCAUUGUCGUACAGAAUUAAGCAGAUAUUGCUUUGUUUGUCUACAAUUGGAUGCCUUAAAUCACAAGUGUAGCUAUAGAAUAGGAGUUUCUUGAUAGUUAAAUUCUACUAUUAAGUUAAUAACGCUACAUCUAACAUACAUACCUUGAUUUAACAAAAUGUUCGACGGUUUCUAGUGCCCAGUUUCCAUAUUGUAAAUUCAGUCUAGUGAGAGCAAAUUGUAAAUAUAUUUAUAUUUUUGAGUAUAAAGAAUAAAACUAUUCAAGUUACAAGUCUUA